AUGUGCUCCCUUCCCAUGGCAAGAUAUUACAUAAUCAAGGAUGCAGAUCAGAAGUCUCUUUACAUACGAGAUGGCCAUCUCCUGGUGGGAGACCCUGACUCAGACAACUGCAGUGCAGAGAAGAUCUGUGUACUUCCUAACAGAGGCCUGGACCGCACCAAGGUCCCCAUCUUCCUGGGGAUCCAGGGUGGGAGUCGCUGCCUGGCAUGUGUGAAGACAAGAGAAGGGCCUUCCUUGCAGCUGGAGGAUGUGAAUAUCGAGGACCUGUACAAGGGUGGUGAACAGGCCACUCGAUUCACCUUUUUCCAGAGCAGCUUGGGUUCUGCCUUCAGGCUUGAGGCUGCUGCCUUCCCUGGCUGGUUCCUUUGUGGUCCAUCUGAGCCUCAGCAGCCAGUGCAACUCACAAAGGACAGUGAGCCCUUAGCCCACACGGAGUUCUACUUUGAACAAAGUCGAUAG